AUGGUCCUCGUGGAGGGCGGUGAGGGAACGCUCCGCAGCUCAGCUGGCGUGCUUGGCGGAGAUUCUUCCGAUCACAAGAAUGCGCUCGAUCCCGUUGGAGGGUCGCUAUCACCUGCGCGCCGACUUACGAGGCCACGCGACAGCUCUGGCGCGUUGCUGAUGCAGAGUCACACGACCAUCGGACUAGAACCCACGACAUCAUCUUCGCAUGCGAGUCCAAAUACUACAGGAGGAGGGGGCUUUGUUAUGGCUCUUGCAUUUACAUCCCAAUAGCAAUAGACCGCUCGGAAUUUAGAAAGAAAAACUUGGCGGCAGUUCGUACUAGUCGUACCCACUUUAUCUCCACGCGGCCACCUUCUUCGAAGAGAAUACAGACGGAUUGCCGUGAGUGCCCCUUUCAUAUCUCGUCGCAAGAGCGGGCCUACGACUACGACCGGC